CUUUCUUCAUUACGGUUGUUCGUCGAACUAAAGACAUGUCUGGAAGAGGUAAAGGAGGAAAAGGACUUGGGAAAGGAGGCGCUAAGCGUCACCGUAAAGUGUUGCGUGAUAACAUCCAGGGAAUCACCAAACCCGCCAUCCGUCGUCUCGCUCGCCGCGGCGGUGUCAAGCGUAUCUCCGGUCUGAUCUACGAGGAAACUCGCGGUGUGUUGAAGGUGUUUCUGGAGAACGUGAUCCGUGAUGCCGUCACCUACACCGAGCACGCCAAGAGAAAGACCGUCACUGCCAUGGACGUUGUGUACGCGCUGAAACGACAGGGACGAACUCUGUACGGCUUCGGAGGAUAAACGUCUUCAUUCUCAUCAGACAAACCCAACGGCUCUUUUAAGAGCCACACACACUCUCACACGAAGAGUCAAUGUUUCAACUGUUGAAGUAUUUUCUCUGUUACCAUACCUGUAUCCAAAGUUUGUGCUGUUACUUGUGUUAUGUUUUAGUUUGUAUUUCCUUAAGUAAAAUGUAAGGUAUUUUAAUCUAAUGUGGUUUACAAAUUUGUGGGAAAAACAAAUGCUACCAAAAUAAACAAAUGUGAUACAUUCACAUCAGCCCCGAAGGCUCUUUUAAGAGCCACUAAUUUUUCCAGUCCAUUUUUCGUCAACUGUAUUGCUCAUAGAAUAGGCCCUUUUCACGUGACGUCACGCAACUUCCGUUCUGACUCAAAGCAGUGUAUGUUUACUUCCGCCACCAUAGCGGAACGCCAAAAAUACAUCUAGAUGAUGUACAGCGACUUGCAGACACAUUUUCACUUACAACACGUUCCAAACUUGACAAAGGAUACAAAUUCUUCAUUGAGCAGUACCUGUUUGCGUAUGAAGGCAAGCAUUUUGUAUUGUCCCGCCCAAAUUACGUUAGCGGAGGAGUUAGGAUAACGAUAGUUGUUAGCUUUCUCUCCUGCAGUGAAAGUCCAUCUUCUUAAUUAAUUUACUGUAAUACAGACCUGUAAACUCUUGUUGCAAUCAUGUUUAUAGCUAGCUAUAGAUUGUGUAUUGUUAGAUAAAAGUCAGUAACGCAUUCAUGGUUUAUGUUACUUAGGUAAAGUUGGUUUUAUAUUCGCACAUUCGCGUUAAAGAACUUUUUCAAUUAAAUAGUCAAUAAAGCUAUUUUUUUCAGAUUCGAAGCAGCUACAUGAUAUUGACAACAAAGGUUGUGAACUACAACAUUUUUUACAAUCGAUCAAAAUGGGCAAGUAUAUUUUUAAGCAUGUACUUCAGAGAUGAAUAUUCAAUGUGUGUCGUAACCAA